AUGAAUCUCAUCCUGAUCGUUCGUCAUAUUACUCAACGACGUCGAAUGAAAAAUCUGGUCUUCAUAGCAGGCAGAAAUCAACAAUGGCGUCGUUCGAUGAAGUUAAUCAUACAANAAAACAAUACUACAUUGACUAGAUUAUCCGUUUAUAACAAUCAGGUUGGAGAUGAUGGUGCAUAUCAUUUCGCUGAUGCAAUAAAAUAUAAUACUACACUAGAAGAAUUACAUCUCAGUUGGAAUAAAAUCGGACGUGUUGGAGCAGAAUAUCUUGCCGAAGCCUUAAUGAAGAACACGACACUCAAAGAACUCACUUUCAAUGAAAACUCCAUCGGUGAUCGUGGGAUACAACAUUUUGCUAACGUCUACAGAUGCAAUACAAUGUUUUCCAGCCUGAAUCUAAGUUGUUGUCAAAUAGGAGAAGCUGGAGUGCAAUAUCUUGCUGAUGCAUUACAAAAUAACAUGGUAAUUAUCGCAAUUCUUUCUUUUCUCGAAUAUUUUAAGCUUGUAGUUCAUGGGACAGAGUGUUUAGCUAGCGUGUUAAAAACAACAAAAACACUUACUGUGUUAACUCUUAAGAAAUGUGGUAUCGAAGAUGUUGGCACUCAAUCCCUGGCCACUGCGUUGAAGAGUAAUGCGACUCUUAAAUGUCUAAAUCUCUCACGCAAUGGCAUCACAAAUAUUGGAGCGCAACAUCUUGCUGAUGCAUUGCAACAUAAUGUGACACUUACUAAGCUAAACCUUGCAUUCAAUAAUAUUGGAGAUCGCGGAGUACAAGAUUUAGCUAAUGGUCUAAUGAAUAACAUGGCAAUAACCGAUUUAAAUCUGAAUUAUAACACAUUUAGUGACAUCGGAACGCAGUAUUUUGCAGAUGUCAUACGCACUUAUACCAAACUUACUGAUCUAGGUAUCGGUGGUGAUAAUAUUGCACCUGCGACAGGACAAAUUCUAUUGGAUGCAUUGAGAAACAACACGACAUUAACUUCACUCGAUUUCGACGAUGAAUCUGUCGGCUGGGACAUUUCUCAUAUGAUCGAUGAGUAUAUUGAACGGAAUUGCAAACUAUCAAAUGUGUAUUGA